CCUUUUAAUUGGAGCCAGAGCCCUCUUCGUCUCUCUCAUCUAAUCGACUGCGAGGUCUUCAUCGUUGCGGGUUCUUUCUGCCUCCAUCCAAAGAUGUUUGACGAUCAAGACCUCGGCUUUUUCGCCAACUUUUUGGGGAUCUUCAUUUUCAUACUGGUGAUAGCUUACCAUUUUGUGAUGGCUGACCCGAAAUAUGAAGGCAACUGAGGUUUAAUCCAUGUGGUUUUAUUACAACUUCCCAUGUUUAGAUAUUUGACCACUCGGGCAGAACUUUAUGUACUUUGACUUUGAGACUCGUUUUUGCUGGAUAUAAUUUCUUUUAGCACUUGUUAUCAUAUGUCUGCAAAAACUUUUACUUCUA